AUGUUAUAACAGCACCCAUAUUUAAAUUAGCCAGAAAAUGUUGCCAAUAAAUACAAUAAGCCUAUCAAUUUGAGCCAACAACUAAGUUUUUCUAAAAGUUUACCAGGUCAAGGAGUGCUACCAGAAUAAAAUUAUGCAACUCCUUAAUGGCAGAAAUAAAUGAACCCAUAAUUAUCAAAUCAACAGCCAUAAAUUUAAACUAUCUAAUCCAAAUAUAUUCCCCAACAGUAGACCAUUAUUUAUCAAGGUUAACCAACUUAUGUUUAAUAACCUCAAUAAUAAUUUGUACCCAUAGCUUAUCCUCAAUAAUAAUAAUUCAGAUAAAGUUCCCCUCCAAGAAUAAUCAAGAUGAAUUAAUAGCCAUAAUAAGCAUAACCAAUCUACCGAUAACCAGAAGUAAGAAUUCCAGAAUAUUAUCCACAACCUCCUAUUUACUAUGAUGACCCACCUUUCUAUGAAGAACCUAUUUAUUACCCUCCUCCACAAAAAUCAAUUAAACUACCUCCUCCUCACAUUGAUAAUUAUUUUAUGCCUAACUAAGUUAGUUACAUAAGGAAUCUUGAUGACGGACCAAAAUAUCCAGAAUACCCCUUUAAAGUAUUGGAUAUUCGAGAUUAUUUUAAUAAAGCUCUAAUAGACAUGGCUACUUAAGAAGAGAAGAUUGAAAGAGCUAAAGUAUAGGUUUGCUCUCAAUUAGAUUUUCGAAUUAAUGGUUUGUUUAAUCAGUUAGAUUAAAAUUAAACUGGAUAACUAUCUUAAGAGGAAUUUGCAGUUGGAUUGAAAGCAUUUUCUUUGUAACCUGAGUAGUGUGAUAUCAAAUUGUUAUUUGAAGAAUUUGGAUAUUAAGGAAUGAUGGAUUUCCAAUAAUUUGCAUAUAUGAUAAAACCAUAAACUGAUCUUAAAAAUACAAAAGCAUAUUAAUAAGAUGAUGAAAAGGUACUUCCAGAAACUAAACUUCUAAUUAGAAAUCUAUUUGUUACCUUGUUAAAUGCAGAGAGUGUUUUUGAAAGUCUUAGAUAAUACUUAAUAUCUAAAGAAGAAGAAUUGGGAUAAAAAAUUUAAUACAAUUAGAUAUUUGAAGAAAUAUUUUCAAAUGAUCAUCCUAAUAAUUUAAGAUUUUAUCUUUAGAAUCAAGGAUAAUAUUUUGAUAUCGCUGUUAUUAAUAGCCUCUUUAAUAGAUUUGAUAGAGAAUGUACAAAAAGAAUCACAUAAGAAUAAUUUAUUUAUGCAUUUUUGCCAAAGUUAAAUAAAGAUGAUAAUUAUUUGUGA